AUGUCGUUUGUGAUCUUUCUCAUAUGGAAAACGGCUUCGCUAACAUCUCCAGUACCUGCUUCUCCCUUAGUUCUGAUCAUGGCUGCUCCUUCCUCGAUUCUUCUAAGAGCCUCGCCAAGAUCCUUGGCUCCACACACAAACGGAACAUCGAAAUCGUUCUUGGCAACAUGGUACUGUCUGUCGGCAACGGUCAGAACCUCCGACUCGUCGAUAAAGUCCACCCCCAGCGCGUCCAAAAGUUCUGCCUCCACCGUAUGGCCGAUUCUGACCUUGGCCAUCACCGGGAUCGACACAGCCUCCAUGAUGGCCUUGAUCAUCUGUGGAUCAGACAUACGAGCAACUCCCCCUUCUUUUCUGAUAUCGGAAGGAACUCUUUCCAGGGCCAUCACAGAAACAGCUCCCGCUUUCUCAGCAAUAAGGGCUUCCUCGACGUUGGUGACGUCCAUAAUAACGCCGUUCUUGAGCAUUUGGGCCAAACCGGCCUUUUGUUGGAAUGUGGACUUGGUCAUUGUGCAAUGA